UUAAUACAAUUGGAUAUUAGAUUUUUUUUAUAUUGAAUGCACUUUUUACAUGCAUUUUUUGCGAUAAACAUUAUAAAUUUUUUCUUAGAUCCAGCAGUUAUCGUCCCUUAUUACUUUCCACCUGUUUUAAAAGAGGGAGAAAGAGCAAGUACUAUUUGCUCUGUUCGUUCGGGAGACAGACCAAUUGAAUUUAAGUGGAAAAAAGAUGGUCAACCACUGUCUGUAUCAUCCACUGUUAAUAUACAGUCAUUUGAAGAUUCCUCUUUACUGUUUAUCAAAUCUGUCGAUUCUGGGAGUUCGGGAAAUUACACUUGCAUUGUAACAAAUUCUUUUGGUAAAGAUCAGUAUACUGCAACUCUUGUUGUCACUUCUCCCCCGACAUGGUUAAAAGAACCAACAGACACUGUUGUGAAGGAAGGAGAAAGCGUUUCAUUAGAAUGUGCAGCAUCAGGAGUUCCAAGUCCACAGGUUAAAUGGAAAACAGGUACUUUAUUAGUUUUUAAAUAA